AUGGUGGAACUCGAUGGAGCAAAUAGACGAAAUACGAAUCAUGCUGUCCUAAACAAGCUACUAUCUAGGCAAGAUGAAGGAAAUCUAGAGGCUCCGGCAACAAUCCGGAAUGAGUCGAACAUCGCGUCGGAAGCCCUCGGGGCAUCCGCCGCAUCUAGGCCAGAGGCGACCGGCCUCGGUCCCAGGACGGGAUCGAAGUCGCUAUCACCGUCGACGCUUCGGAGUCCUGGUCUCGCGCGAAUACGUCAUGACGACUCAGAAAAUUCAUCUUCGAGCCGGUCGUCGUCGUCGGGAACUCGCAAGAAACAACGGCUCCCACCCGAUGGAGGAUGGGGUUGGAUGGUCGUGUUGGCAUCGUUCGCUAUAAAUUUGAUCUCAGAUGGAGUUUCGUCAUCACUCGGAGUUUUCCUGCCAGACUUGACACUGUACUUCAAAGUAGGACGAGGCCAUGCGGCGUGGGUAGCCAGUCUCUUCCUCUCUAUGCCACUCUUGGCCGGUCCGAUUGCCUCUUGGCUCACGGAUCGUUAUGGAUGUCGGCGUGUCUGCAUAAUGGGCUCCAUCUUGGCGUCAUUGGGAUUCGUGCUCUCCUACUUUUCCAACUCGCUCGCUCUUCUAUACGUCACGUUCUCAUUCGCGGGGUUCGGGCUCGCUCUCUGCUACGUUACGUCGGUCGUGAUCGUCGCAUACUACUUCGAAAAGAAGCGCUGCCUCGCGACCGGGCUCUCAGUCUGCGGCUCCGGCGUUGGCACCUUCAUAUUCGCCCCGCUGACCUACAUGCUCGUGGCAGAAUACACUUGGAGGGGAACAUUGCUCAUCUUCGCUGGAUUCUUCCUGAAUAUGGUUGCCUCAGGCGCCCUGAUGAGGGACCUCGAUAUUCAAAACGAAAGCGACGAUGAAGAAGACAAUCACAGCGCCGUAUCAAGCCAAUGGAACUCUGCCAGUCACCUGGACGACGGCAAACGGAUGUAUCAUUCCUUAUUGCAAUUGCCUACCUAUCUCUCGAAUGAGUCCCCGAAACUACCCGUGCAGGUUCUCACGGAGAUGUCAUCAAAAGAAAAAGGUCACUUGAAGUCUCUUCUAGAGCUAUAUCCGAACCUGUGGCAUGACGUGCUGAACCAAAAUGACGACCCCUACUUGACUGUCAAGUCUUCUCCGUUAUUCAAAACCAUCCAAGAGCACCGGGUAUUGGAGGAUGUUUCCACCCUCUUCCGAAAUGAUUGGGAGAAGAAAAUCCCGAAACUCGAUGAAACGUUAGAAAUGCAAUCUCAAAGCUCCGCUACGCUACCAGGCGAUGCCACCACUACCAUUCCCAGCGCAAGAAAAGAAACCGUUCUCUCUCUUGAUCCGGGCGCAGCGAAUAAUGGUGUCGUCAGGAGUAGUUUAGCUUGUGCUACGGUGAGCACGAAGAAAUCUUCAAGUUUGCGCCAGAAUAGACAGGCUAGCAUUGGGCCACUGCCCUUACUUCCAAGAGACAGGGCCAACUCUGCGGCCUAUCUACGCAACUUGAGAUUGCAGCGGGGCUCUCUUACCUAUCGAGGAGCCAUGCUCAACAUUAAAAGGUAUCGACUCAAGGCUUCUAGCUGUCCGAACAUUUAUCGAAAUUCCAUGACCACCAUCCAUGAUAUGGACUCCACUCCUUUCGAAUUCUUCGAAGACCUGAGAGACGUUGUAUGCGACAUGAUGGAUGUCAGACUACUGACAAAUUUUAAGUGA